UAGUUCCUCCCCAUUCACUGAAAAUAGCAGUUCUGUUUGACAUCGUGCUCACAACAGCGCCAGCCCAUCAUCUCUGUGGAAACUGAUUGACAGACUGCAUCAAUACCAUUCAAAGGCAUGAGGAGGCGGAGCUGGAGCGUGACUGACACCUUCAUCCUGCACCUGGGCAUGGCUGACACCCUGCUGCUGGUCACGCUGCCCCUCUGGGCUGUUCAGGCCGCUGGGGAAUGGAGCUUUGGGACACCCCUCUGCAAGAUCACUGGAGCCAUGUUUACAAUCAACUUUUACUGUGGCAUCUUCCUGCUGGCCUGCAUCAGUCUGGACCGCUACCUGUCCGUGGUCCACGCAGUCCAGAUGUACUCUCGCAGGAAGCCCUGGAUGGUGCAGGCCAGCUGCCUGUCCGUGUGGCUCCUCUCCCUCCUCCUCUCCAUCCCCGACUGGCACUUCCUGGAGUCUGUGAGGGACACCAGACGAGACAAAGUGGAGUGUGUUCACAACUACCCGUCCCUCUCCCAGUCUUGGUUUGACUGGCGCCUGGCCUCCCGCCUGCUCUACCACACGGUGGGCUUCCUCCUCCCCUCUGCCGUGCUACUCUUCUGCUACUCCUGCAUCCUGCUGCAGCUGCAGCGUGGCUCCCAGGGCCUCCAGAAGCAGAGGGCCGUCCGGGUCAUCCUGUUCCUGGUGCUGGUCUUCUUCCUCUGCUGGACGCCCUACAACAUCACCCUUAUGGUGGACACCCUCUACUCCAGCAACUCCCUGGUGGACACCUGCGAGAGCCAUAAUGCCCUGGACAUCUCCCUGACGGCCACCUCUUCUCUGGGCUACCUGCACUGCAGCCUCAACCCCGUGCUCUACGCCUUCGUGGGGGUGAAGUUCCGGCGCCACCUGCUGGACAUGCUGAGGUCCCUGGGCUGCAAGCUGAAGAGUGGAGUCAGGCUGCAGACUGCCAGCCGGAGGAGUUCCAUGUGGUCUGAGUCUGGAGACACCUCCCACACCUCUGCCAUCUAUUAAGUACUUCUCUCUAUCCCAAGAUUUCCAAAACUAGGUCCUAAGGACCCCAAAGGGUGCAUGUUUUGUUUUUUGCCCUAGCACUACACAUUUGAUACAAAUAAUCAGCUAAUCGUCAAGCUUUGAUAAUUUGAAUCAGCUGUGUAAUGUUAGGGCGAAAACCCAAAACGUGCACCCCUUGGUGUCUGAGGACCGAGUUUAGGAAACGCUGCUCUACGCUCUAUCCUGUUGCUCUUGAGUUGUCGUUGACUCAAUAAGUGGAUUAUCAAUGUGACCUUUAGCCUACUCCAACUUCCAAAUUAUAUUUCCAUUAUAAAAACAAAUAUUAAAAACAUUUGAGUAUAGAAAUACUUUUGUUUUAAUUUUGUAAUUAAUCAUUUUACUUACCUGCUUCAUGUUUUGUUAAAUGAUAACUGGCAUGUGCUCUGUUAUAGUUAAUGCAUUUGUUAUUACUGACAUCCCAUUUCAUAACAAAAAUGCACAGUAUCAGGUUAGCAUUUCAAGGAACCAUAG